AUCGCAAUUGUGGAGAACAGAGUUGCUGAUAUUGAGCAGUACACAAGGAUCAAUGAUGUGAUCAUCACCGGACUUAGCAUCAAGUAGCCCCAGCGAAUGGAGGGGAGCCGGCGGAGUUGGAUGUUAUUUCGAUGGAGCGACAGGUGGCGGUCUUCAUGCAGUCCAAGGACAUACAACUGGACUGUAACAGCAUCGAAGCAUGUCACCUUUUUGCCCAGGAGAGGAACAAACGACAAGCCGAGCGUAGUUCUGAGAUUUGUCAACAGAAAGCACAAGAUGGCGUUGCUAAAACAGGGAAGGAAGCUAAAAGGAACAAACGUAUACAUGAACGACCAUUUGACCAAACGAAAUGCUGAUAUAGCCCGAAAAGCACGCCAAAUGAGGAGAGAGAAGAAAAUUCUACAAACUUGGACUGCGAACUGUAAAGUAUUCAUCAAACUCAACGGCACUCCGGAGAACGCCAAAGUGCUGUUGAUUAGAAACAUCGAAGAUCUGAACGAAUAUGACGUAUGAACUGGAAUGUAAGGGAGGAGACUACGGCAUCUAUUUGGACAACAUGCAAGUUCUUUGGGCUAUGUUGCUUAUGGCCGGCAUUUGGAGCCAGGAGUGGAAGUGUGCGCUCUCAGACUCCAUCAUCCACAUCGGCGCCAUCUUUGACGAGUCGGCGCGGAAGGACGAUGAAGUGUUUCGCCUGGCGGUGGCGGACCUCAACCUGAACAACGAGAUCCUGGAGACGGAGAAGAUUACCAUCUCUGUGGAAUUUGUGGACGGGAACAACCCUUUCCAGGCCGUGCAAGAAGCGCUUGUCCUCAUCUGGGUCACGUCCGAGACGGAGCCUACCCCAGUUGACUUCAAGCAUGAGUCGGGGUGUUAGCUGUCCAAUUACAGCACGCAGAAUUCAAACUGGGAUUUGCCGAACAUGGUAAUGAGUUAUUUGACUUGUUGAAAAAUGUUUGCCUCUUUGAUCGUUUUUCAUGCGGUAAAUUGUCCUUUGUCACAUGUUGUGAUUUUUAAAAAAAAGAAAAAAAAAGAAGAUUGCGUUGAGACAGUUUAUGAAGCGCAAUCAUCAAGCGGCCUGAGACAAAAUGUAUAAAAAUGAUAAUAAAAUGCUCCAUCUUCCCAAGUCUUUAAUUAAAGUUUCAAAGGAUUAGGAGUUAGUGAAAGAUAUAAAUAUAUAUUUUAUUCCCGAGCAUUUGUCGUCUUUUCCAGUUUAUCAGCUCUGACACUGGAACUUGAGAGGAAUUAUGUGCUUGCAGUGCUAAAGUCAGCAUGAAGUGACUGCCUUCAGGCUGUGGGAAGAAACACUCCACGUUUUACAUGAGGGUGAUGUGAAUAACUAAAUCAGACUUUGGCAUCUUGAUGAGUACACAGGCAUGCAACGCGUGCGGCUGGAGAAUAAACUUGUUUUUUUUUUAAAAGGUCGGCUAAAUGUAAAUGUAACCUUUUCACGUAUGGUAUCACAGCUAUCUAUCGGCCUCUCCUUUUGAUCACAAUAUUUAAUCGCUGAAAAAUACCACACAUCUGAUUUAUGUGAUGAACAAGGGCAACAUAUUAAUAAGACCAUUUUUGGCAUGUAAUACACUAUUCAGCAUCAAUGUUAAUAAAAAAAUAAAAACAACAUAUUGUGUACCUGUUGUUGGAAUAAACUUGCACAAAAAAUGUAACGAUAUAAUGUAUUUACAAUAAAUAACAUCAAAAUACAAAAUACAAAUAAUUUCCAUAGUUUAGAUCAGGGGUGGGCAAUUAAUUUUUACCGGGUGCCGCAUGAGCAACCUGAGCACUGCUGGAGGGCCACACCGACAAUAUUUCAAUUAAAUUUUGCUCAAAUUAUUUUUGAUAUACCGUAAGAUAAAUAAUAAUAAUAAUAAUUUCAUUUAACCUAACUUAACUUUAUACGAAAAACAGAUUGCUUUUGAUGGUUUUAUUUUUAACACUGU